UCCUGCGUGAUUCACAUCUCAUCAGGUGUUGAUCAAUCACGCUGCGUGAAGAGGAUCGAUUCACAUCUUGAUUCACAUCUCAUCUUCAGGACAUCUCAUCAGGUGUUGAUCAAUCUUGGAUAAGUUUAGCUUUAGUUAGUCAUGUACUUGAUCUAACAGAUGAUCGAUCGGAUUAUCUUCUUGUUUUCUCCUAAAGAUGUUGAGGUGAGCGUGAGGGGUCUCAUUGUGGAAAUACUGAAGAACUGUUCUUGGAAACACGAAAUACUUCUUAGGCACGUAUUUUAGACACGUAAUGGCCGUGCCGAGUAGCAAGUCGCAAUUCUAUCUGUAUGUUGUUGCCCAUGUACGUGCUAGUAUCGUUCCCUCUGGUUUUAGUAGAUCUACUUAUUUUGAGCUUUCUUGAUGUGAUGCGGGGUCCGCAGUCCACAGGCACUGAUGCCAUACCUUGAACAAGACAAACUUAAUAACUAAUAUUCUAGUUCUACGUUUCUUUACUUUUCACAUUCAACUACUAGUACAACUAGCACGAUUACAAAAAUUUUGACCCAGAAGAAAUACAGUAGAGCAGUAGCUGGACCCAGAUCUGAAUUGGCAGUAGAAUCUACUUACUUCAGACAGUAUACAUAAGCAAGAAAUUAAUCUCAUGAUACUGAUAUGUUUGGCAUUUUUUUCAAAAAGAAAUAAUACACUUAGACAUCGUGCUUACCUGAAAUGAUCUUUCUGGAUAGAAAAACUUCUGUUAAAUAGAAUGUCUUAAAAACGACCGCCCACCACAGAGAGUUGUAAGGAUUGAAUUAUGAAGUCUUGCAAUUAUAAGGGAGGAAACAGUUGUAAGUACAAACUCUGCACCUCUGAGAGGUGUAAUUGAAAGAAGUAUUUUCUCUCCUAAUGGCGCAGGUGGUAGAGAUUGGUC